UAGUUUCUUUAAAGUACUAAUUUGUAGCAAUUUUGUAGAGCACCAGCUUCCAUGCAGUCUUGCGAAGAAGUGCCACAGCAGCGGCAGUGGUUGAACCGCAGAUCUCCAGACAUGCUCAGAAAUGGGUUGGACGGUGGCUCCUGGGUUGUUCAGGGAUGGUUUUUGGUGCAGUUGCUCUUGGUGGCCUGACACGUCUCACAGAAUCAGGGCUCUCAAUGACUGACUGGCAUCUGUUUGGCAAAAUGCCCCCUCUUUCUCACGAAGAGUGGAUUAAGGAAUUUGAGCAGUACAAACAGUUCCCUGAAUACAAAAUGAAAAACAAGAGCAUGGCCCUGCCAGAGUUCCAGUUCAUAUGGUGGAUGGAGUAUGGACACCGGCAGUGGGGACGUACCAUUGGUGCUUGUUUUGCCAUACCUGCUGCUAUUUUCUGGUAUCGUGGAUAUUUCACACCUUUAUUGAAGAAACGCGUCCUGCUGUGUGGCGUGCUGCUAGGCUGCCAGGGGCUCCUGGGGUGGUACAUGGUCAAGUCAGGGCUGGAAGAAGAGCGUUUUCAGGAGCCCAGUGAUGUACCGCGCGUGUCGCAGUACCGCCUCAUGAGCCACCUUGGCGCUGCUUUCGUGCUCUACUCCGUGUUCCUUUCCACCGCCAUGCGCGUCGCCUGGCCUGCCGCGUCCGUCGCAAACGUCACACCAUCGGCUGCUAGUUUCCGCCGCUGGGCUCACGUUACCAAAGGCUGGGUCUUCCUCACUGCCAUGUCUGGAGCGCUAGUCGCGGGAUUAGACGCAGGUCUCGUCUACAACUCCUUCCCAAAGAUGGCUGACCGCUGGAUCCCCUCAGACCUGCUUGCGUUUUCCCCCGCCCUCAGGAACUUCACAGAGAAUCCCACCACCGUGCAGUUCGACCACAGAAUUAUGGGCACGACAUCGCUGGUGUUGGCGACGGCUCUAGGACUGUGGGGGCGGCGGGGAGGGCGGCUCGUUCUGUCGCAGCGCGCUCACAGCGCUGCCGCAGCGCUAGCAGCGGCGGCAUGGAUGCAGGUGGGCUUGGGCAUCAGCACGCUGGUGUUGUACGUGCCCACGUGGUUGGCGUCUCUUCACCAGUGCGGGUCUCUGGUGACGUUGUCGGCAGCGCUAUGGCUCUGCCAUGAGCUCAGGUAUCUCCGGCUCGUCGUCAAAUGAUGCGCCACUGCAGACAUGCAAAUGACGGAGUACGAAGCACGUCAGUUCUAUUCGGGACUACUCAAGUUGACAUUGGAAUUUUGGGGUGUUUAUUUAAAACCGUGUAUUGAAAGGAUUAAAAUAAAAACUAGAAUGGAUACCUAUGCGUGUCUGAAGAUUUAUUGAUGGGAGCGUAUAUUACAUGGAAAGACAUGGAGUUUGGUAAAGUUUCAAUUAAUUUAGUACGUGUAAUGAAAGACGAAUUACCAAAGAGGAGAAUGUGCGCGUAUCUCUGUGCAAUUGCCCCACAAUGCACUUCAAGAGCAAAGAGCUGCGCAUCAAUCAAUAGUUCGUAACAAGACAUUCGAAAAUGGACCGGUUAUGUGACUUUCGAUCUGAUUUAAUAUGUGCUGGAGAGAUGGACAUUGAAGUAUAGUUGGUGGAUUGAAAAUAAUUCAUU